CACGGCGGCUAAGGGCGAGCUAACUGGUCCUUUUUCGUCACUGACGCCGAUAUUAAUGGUCUCCGAAACACGUUGACAAAAUAAUGUCAGCACCGCUGUUAGGUUUGCCUCGACUGGCGGUGCCAAGACGGAAGCGGCGUCGCUCACCGUUAGGACUAAAAUGAAGUCGGCAUAUGACAGCUAGCAGCCGAUAGCAACCUCCCCACUGUCCAUCCACACCCGUCAUCGAGCUCGCUCGGGCCUGCCAAACGUUACGAGGUCAAAUUCAUCAGCAGGAGUUGGUUCCUGUCAUGGGAUGUCGGCGUCGAACGGUGCAGAAGUUGCAAUGCAUGUGCCCCGUGGACGUGCGAGGCGUGUUCCAGCUGGACGAGAGGCGACGGGACGCCGUGCUGGCGCUGGGCAUCUUCUUGGUGGAGUCCGACCUGCAGCACAAAGACGCCAUCGUGCCGUACCUUCUCGGUCUGCUCAAGGGACUUCCCAGGGUGCAGUGGAUCGAGGCGAGCUCGGAGCGCAAAGGACGAGGUUCACGGGCUAUGCACUUCCGCCCCGCAGCGAUACUUCCUGUUGCCGAGAACUUCAGCUUCUGUCUCGUCACGUUGCUCUCUGACGUUGCCCAGCGAGAUGAAACGUUGCGUGGACAGAUCCUGGAGACCAUCAUGGACGUCAUGCAAAUCCUGCAGGACUCUUGCGCGAACCCGCAGUCUCGCGAGAAAGGGCCGGCCUACGUGGAAUACGCGUGUCGCCACGCGGUCCCGGCCCUGCUGGGCGUGGCGCGCGCCUUCGGCCGCUACAGCAACACGGACGAGCCGCUGCUGUCCAAGCUGUUCCCGCGGCCGGCGGCGCCCCCCCUGACGGCGGCGGACGACGGCGACGCCGCCCGGCGACGCUCCUUCAACGACUUCCGUUCCAUCCUGCCCAGCUCCUUCCUUACCGUGUGCCCGGGGGACACGCUGGGGCGCAAGAGCUCCUCCGUGUCCUCCGUGUCUCAACAGGCCAGUCCCGAGAGGACGGGGCUGACCCCGAGCUCCCCGGCGGAGCCUUCGGCGCCAUACUUUGAAGGCUCGUACCUUCCCGACGGCAGCGCCGUGGACCCGGACUACUACUUCUCCACCAUCAGCUCCAGCUUCUCCGUCUCACCUCUUUUCACCGGCAGCAGCGUCGGAGACUUCCGCGUCCCGCUGGACACGCUCAGGCAGCUUCUGCGCAUGGUGCAAGAAAUGGUCUCAGAGUCGUUUCUAAAGUCGCUGGAUGAAACCUUGGCAGAACUGUUGGAGCUAAACCCGGGUCUUCACGUGUGCUACAAAACCUUCAGUGACCCCCUCUACGUCGCCACAUUCAAAAUGCUCCGAGACACCCUGUACAACUUGAAAGACCUCCAGACGGACUUUGUGAAGGAGGUGCACGACUUUGUGCUGGAGCAGUUCAGCAGCAGCCAGUCGGAGCUGCAGAGGAUCCUGCGCGACGUGGAGUACCUUCAGAGCGAGCUGAGCCCGCUCAAGCUGCGCUGCCAGGCCAACGCCGCCUGCGUGGACCUGAUGGUGUGGGCCGUCACCGAGGAGCAGGGAGCCGAGAACCUUUGCACCAAGCUGUCGGAGAAGCUGCAGUCCAAGACCUCCAGUAAAGUCAUCAUCGCGCACAUGCCCCUCCUCAUCUGCUGCCUGCAGGGUUUGGGCCGCCUGUGCGAGCGCUUCCCGGUGGUGGCCCACUCCGUCACCACGUCGCUAAGGGACUUCCUGGUGGUGCCCUCCCCCGUCCUGGUCAAGCUGUACAAGUACCACAGCCAGUACACUCCCGUUCCCCAAGGGGGCGGCGAGAUCAAGAUCCACGUCACCAACGAGCACUCGCAGUCGACCCUCAGCGCGAACCCGGGAAGCAAGAAGAGCCAGCCCUCCAUGUACGAACAGCUGAGGGACAUUUCCAUCGACAACAUCUGCAGGUGUCUGAAGGCAGGGCUGACCAUGGAUAGCGUGAUCGUCGAGGCCUUCCUGGCCAGCCUGUCCAAUCGUCUCUACAUCUCCCAGGAGAAUGACAAGGACGCUCACUUAAUCCCGGACCACACCAUCCGGGCCCUGGGCCACAUCGCCGUGGCUCUGCGGGACACCCCCCGCGUGAUGGAGCCCAUCCUGCAGAUCCUGCAGCAGAAGUUCUGCCAGCCGCCGUCGCAGCUGGACGUGCUCAUCGUCGACCAGCUGGGCUGCAUGGUCAUCACGGGCAACCAAUACAUCUACCAGGAAGUGUGGAAUUUGUUCCAGCAGAUCAGCGUCAAGGCCAGCUCCAUGGUCUACUCCACCAAGGACUACAAGGACCACGGAUACAGGCACUGCUCGCUGGCCGUCAUCAACGCUCUGGGCAACAUCGCGGCCAACCUGCAGGCCGAGCAGCUGGUGGACGAGCUGCUGGUCAACCUGCUGGAACUUUUCGUCCAGCUGGGCCUGGAGGGCAAGAGGGCCAGCGAGCGGGCGGCGGACAAAGGCCCGGCUCUCAAGGCAUCGAGCAGCGCUGGCAACCUGGGCGUCCUCAUCCCGGUCAUCGCAGUGCUGACAAAAAGGUUGCCGCCGAUCAAGGAGGCGAAGCCACGCCUGCAGAAGCUCUUCAGGGACUUUUGGCUCUACUCGGUGGUGAUGGGCUUUGCCGUGGAAGGCUCAGGUCUGUGGCCCGAAGAGUGGUACGAGGGCGUGUGCGAGAUCGCCACCAAAUCGCCGCUGCUGACGUUCCCCAGCGGCGAGCCUCUCCGUUCCGAGCUGCAGUACAACUCGGCGCUCAAGAACGACACGGUCACGCCGGCGGAGCUGAACGAGCUGCGCAGCACCAUCAUCAACCUGCUGGACCCGCCUCCGGAGGGCGCCGCGCUCAUCAACAAGCUGGACUUCGCCAUGUCCACGUAUCUGCUGUCCGUUUACCGGCUGGAAUACAUGAGGAUGCUGAAUUCGCUGGACUCGGAACGCUUCCAGGUCAUGUUCCGCUACUUUGAGGACCGGGCCAUCCAGAAGGACAAAUCGGGCAUGAUGCAGUGUGUGGUCGCUGUCAGCGACAAAGUCUUUGAAGUCUUCCUGCAAAUGAUGAUUGAGAAAGCGAAAACCAAAGCGCACGAAGAGGAGCUGGAGCGCCACGGCCAGUUCCUCUUGGUCAACUUCAAUCACAUCCACAAGAGGAUCCGCAGAGUGGCCGAUAAAUAUUUGUCCGGCCUGGCUGAAACGUUCCCUCACCUGCUCUGGAGCGGGCGGGUACUGAAGACCAUGCUGGACAUCCUGCAGACGCUCUCACUCUCGCUCAGCGCUGACAUCCACAAGGACCAACCGUACUAUGACAUUCCGGACACUCCGUAUAGGAUAACCGUCCCUGAUACCUACGAAGCCAGAGAGAGCAUAGUAAAGGAUUUUGCUGCUCGCUGUGGAGAAAUCCUGAAGGAAGCCAUGAAAUGGGCUCCAUCCGUCACCAAAUCCCACCUGCAGGAGUACUUGAACAAACAUCAGAACUGGGUGUCGGGUCUGUCGCAGCACACGGGCCUGGCCAUGGCCACGGAGAGCAUCCUGCACUUCGCGGGCUUUAACCGACAGAACACCACGCUAGGGUCCACUCAGCUGACGGAGAGGCCGGCCUGCGUGAAGAAGGACUACUCCAACUUCAUGGCCUCCCUCAACCUGAGGAACAGAUACGCAGGAGAGGUGUCGGGCAUGAUCCACUUCGCCCAGGCGGUGCGGGGCCAGCCGGACCUGGGCCGGCUGAUGGUCAAGCAGGUGGGGGAGGCUCUGGACUUGGCCCGACCCGAAGGCUUCACCGAGGCCAUGUUCAAGCUGGCCGCGUUGCUCAUCAGCAGCAAAGAAUGCGACCCGCAGCUGCUGCACCACCUCUGCUGGUCUCCUCUCAAGAUGUUCACCGAGCACGGCAUGGAGACGGCCAUCGCUUGCUGGGAAUGGCUGCUGGCUGCGCGCGUCGGUGUGGAAGUGCCGUUCAUGCGGGAAAUGGCGGGAGCGUGGCAGAUGACGGUGGAGUUGAAGAUGGGCCUGUUCUCCGACGCCCGGCCGGAGGCCGACCCCCUGGCGGCGUCCGAGGAGAGCCAGCCCGUCCCCUGCCCGCCCGACGUCACCCCGCACCACAUCUGGAUCGAGUUUCUUGUGCAGCGCUUCGAGAUAGCCAAGUACUCCAGUGCCGACCAGGUGGAGAUCUUCUGCAGUUUGCUCCAGCGCUCGCUGUCUCUCAACGUGGGCGGGGCCAAGAGUCACCUCAACCGACACGUCGCUGCCAUCGGACCUCGCUUCAGGCUCCUGACGCUGGGCCUGGCCGUGCUUCACUCGGACAUCAUCACCAACGCCACCGUCCGGAACGUCCUCAGAGAGAAGAUCUACUCCACGGCCUUUGACUACUUCAGCAUGUCUCCAAAGUUUCCCACCCAAGGUGACAAGCGCCUGCGCGAGGACAUCAGCGUCACCGUCCGCUUCUACGCCAGCAUCCUGUCGGACAAGAAGUACCUGGCGGCGUGCCACCUGGUGCCCCCCGGUGAGCUUGGUACCACCCCGGCCCCGAGCACGCUCUCUGCCGGGAUAUUUGGAUCGCUUAUCGUGUCCAGCACUUCUCCGAUUUCCAUCUUAAACAACCAGGACCCGUCGCUCAACAGUUUGUCGGUGAUGAAUGCCGCCGACAUGCGCAGUAACGUCGACUCCAGCGCUCGCUCGCAACAGAGCAGCCAGGGAUGGAUCAACACGUACCCGCUUUCCAGCGGCAUGUCCACCGCAUCCAAGAAAUCUGGGGCGUCCAAGAAGAGCAACCGAGGGACGCAGCUCCACAAAUACUACAUGAAGCGGAGGACCCUCUUGCUGGCCCUGCUGGCGAGCGAGAUCGAGCGCCUGAGCACGUGGUACAACCCGCUGUGCACCCAGGAGCUGGCCAUCGCCACCGAGCAGUCGGUGGAGACCAGCAUCGCCAACUGGAGGUCCAAGUACAUCAGCCUGACUGAGAAGCAGUGGAAGGACAACGUCAACCUGGCCUGGAACAUCGCGCCCUACCUCGCCAUGCAGCUGCCCAGCAGGUUCAAGAACGACGCCAUCACGGCCGAGGUGACCCGCCUGGUGCGUUUGGACCCCGGCGCCGUUAGCGACGUUCCGGAAGCUGUCAAGUUCUUGGUGACGUGGCACACCAUCGACGCCGACUCCCCGGAGCUGAGCCACAUCCUGUGCUGGGCCUCCGCCGACCCGCCGACGGGCCUGUCGUACUUCAGCAGCAUGUACCCGCCGCACCCGCUCACCGCGCAGUACGGCAUCAAGGUGCUGCGCUCCUUCCCCCCGGAUGCCAUCUUGUUCUACAUCCCGCAGAUUGUACAAGCGCUGCGCUACGAUAAGAUGGGCUACGUGAGGGAGUACAUCUUGUGGGCCGCGCAGAAGUCCCAGCUGCUGGCCCACCAGUUCAUCUGGAACAUGAAGACCAACAUCUUCAUGGAUGAGGAGGCGCACCAGAAGGACCCUGACAUCGGGGAUCUGCUGGAGCAAAUGGUGGAGGAGAUCACGGGAUCGCUGUCGGGUCCGGCCAAAGAUUUCUACCAGCGAGAGUUUGACUUUUUCAACAAGAUCACCAACGUGUCGGCCAUCAUCAAGCCGAUUCCCAAGGGGGAGGAGAGGAAACGCGGCUGUCUGAAGGCUUUGUCGGAUAUCAAAGUUCAGCCAGGCUGUUACCUUCCCAGUAACCCCGAGGCCAUCGUUCUGGACAUUGACUACAAGUCUGGAACACCCAUGCAGAGCGCCGCCAAGGCUCCCUACCUGGCCAAGUUCAAGGUGAAGCGCUGCGGCGUGAGCGAGCUGGAGCGCGAGGGCCUCCGCUCGCCGUCCGACUCGCUGGAGGACGACGACGACGACGACGAGCAGAACCCGGACGGCGGGCGGCGGGUCUGCUGGCAGGCGGCCAUCUUUAAAGUGGGCGACGACUGUCGGCAGGAUAUGCUGGCGCUGCAGAUCAUCGGGCUCUUCAAGAACAUCUUCCAGCUGGUGGGCUUGGACCUCUUCGUCUUCCCCUACCGGGUGGUGGCCACCGCUCCCGGGUGCGGCGUGAUCGAGUGCAUCCCGGACUGCAAGUCCCGCGACCAGCUCGGCAGGCAGACCGACUUCGGCAUGUACGACUACUUCCGAAACCAGUACGGCGACGAGUCCACCCUGGCCUUCCAGAAGGCUCGCUACAACUUCAUCCGCAGCAUGGCGGCGUACAGCCUGCUGCUCUUCCUGCUGCAGAUUAAAGACCGACACAACGGCAAUAUCAUGCUGGACAGCAAAGGACACCUCAUCCACAUCGACUUCGGCUUCAUGUUCGAGAGCUCGCCCGGCGGCAACCUGGGCUGGGAGCCCGACAUCAAGCUGACGGACGAGAUGGUGAUGAUCAUGGGUGGCAAGAUGGAGGCCACGCCCUUCAAGUGGUUCAUGGAGAUGUGCGUGCGGGGCUACCUGGCCGUGCGCCCCUACAUGGAUGCGGUGGUGUCGCUGGUCACGCUCAUGCUGGACACGGGACUGCCGUGCUUCCGAGGUCAAACCAUCAAACUCCUCAAAGGCAGGUUCAAUCCUCACAUGAGCGAGAAAGAGGCGGCGGCGUUCAUCAUCAAGGUCAUCCAAAGUUGCUUCCUCAGUAGCAGGAGCAAGACGUACGACAUGCUGCAGUUCUACCACAACCAAAUUCCCUACUGAGCUCGUCGACGAGGCGGCAGUCACUCCAAACGGCGCGGGAACAUUUUGGGCCUUUCCCAAAAGAGCGAUUUCACCCUGAUGUCACCCUCUAAGUGUUCCGUUAGCGGCAUGGUCGUCCUCACUCCAGUGCACUUUAUUUCUCGCAGUAUUCAGAGAUUAGCGUCACACAAAACUAUCUGCAGUGUUUUUAAGUGUCUGUAUCAUGUUUGUAUUAGUUCACAGGGCACGUGUCACAUUGUGUUACAUUCCGGAGCGGCGCAGCAGUGCAUUCUGGGAACUUUGGGUCGAUCAAAUCAGAAUAUCAGCGGGGGGGUUUAUUUUUUAUUUUACGGUGUGUCCAGCCCUGUGUUUCCGAAACUUCACUGAGCCAAGGAAUUUUCAAAUUUGAAUUUUUUAGUAGCCUUCUUGGAAUUGCUCAAUAGCAAUAUUGAAAAAAGUGCAAAUACGUCCCCUAAAAAUUGUAAUAAUUGCUGAGGUUAAUAAUUUAAUACAUUAAAUGUGCCACAAAAUAUCCCAAAAACUCUCAUAUCAUUUUGAACUAAUUGCCCUUGGAAAUAAAUAGACACUGUAUUGUACAUCCUUGACACCAAUUACUGCUCAGGGCCUUGGAGCCAUUUUGUGGCAACUGAACUCACUGAUGCACAAAGUACCAAAAUACGCCCAAAAGCCGCAAGUUGAAGGCUUAACAGGAAAGCUUGAAAAAUGAAUUUGCGGAGGAAAUCCAAAUAAAAUAAAAAUGCUUGACUCCAACGACUGACAGUGCAUAAUGUUACAGUAUCUUAAAAUUUUGUUUUCAUCCAAGACAGUACAGGAACAUGUCAAUAUAGUGCAAGAGCCCAUUUACAGUAUUUCAGCACUAAAGCAUGAUUUGGAUUCAUCCGACAUUUGAAAUUCUUGACAAAUUUCUGCAUUAAAAGUCCUUUCCAUUCUUUCUUACGUCAUAUUGUAUUUUCUAGUCAUGGUGAACUUGGGGGUUCUCGUUUAAUGUAAAUGUGUUUAAAAAAAAAAAAAAAAAAAUCAUGAAAUAUUUCAGUGUGUGUGUGUUACGUCGCCACAAAGAGUUUCGCUUUUCGAAUUGAACUAUCUUACGAAAUGAAGUUUUUGACACGUUUCUAAUUUAUGGAGAUGCACCCGCGCGUUCGUUAAAUGCAGUUCCAACGUGUUUAACUUCCAAGUCCAGUACAUUUGCAUAUCAUCCAAUUUGGCGCUUAGUACAGAUUUUAAAAAAAAAAUAAAAAAUUUGGACAUUGACUUAUGAAAUUAAAACACUGUUUCUCUUAAAUAAGUAAUUUUAAAAAGUAAAUGAGACACUUAUCUUGCCACAAAGAAUGGUUGGGGAUUACCAGUCUAAUAUAAAAAUCAAUAUCAGAUAAGUUUGUUUUUUUUAAGCCAAUUUAACCACUUUAUUGCUAACGUAGCAACGUCACCCCAAGCACAAUCAAAUGUGUGCGCGCGAGCGCUGAACCUGUUUGGAAACAUUCUUGGUGCGUGUGUCAUGUGAAAACUUUUGAAAAGUUAAAAAGAAAC